UAUGAUUUAGGGAGUGGCGGGCAAGUGCCCUGCCCUCUACCUCUGCCCCACUGACGUGCCUAGAAAUAGCUCUGUGUGGUUUCUGCCACUCCUUUGGGUGGAGAGGCCAUAUGGUGCUGGAACCAUCUUGGUUCCAGGCCCGGCUCUGCCACUUCCACCAACGGAAUCUCUACAGGUCAUUUUCUUUUUCUAAUAUGCAGUUUCUUUGUGAAUUUGGGAAGUUGAACAUCUCCAAAGUUGGACUUGACUCCUAGCCCCAAGAUUCUACAAAAUGAUAGUACUCUCCAGAGGAAACUUUUUCUUCCCUUCUGCCCAUUAAAUGGACACUUAAUAUAUAGUAUUAUCUCAGUCCUGUGGUAGGCACUGGGGAUUCAAAAAUGAAAAGAGAAAGCUUUUGCUCUCAAGUCACUCAGAAUCUUCUAGGGAGACACACAUGUCCACAGAUAAUUCCAACACAAUGAGGAGUUUCUGGCCACCCAGAGAUGCAGGACUUCUGCCUUGGUUAUUACUAACAUCCUAUCACGGGAAGUGGGAGAGGUGCAGGAAAUAGUUUCCUGAUCAUGUUUGGCUCAAAGAGGGACAGUGUGUUUCAAUGCACUCUGGUUAACAAAAAAGAAAGUGUAUUUAUUUUCAUUGAGAAGAAGAAACCGAAAACUCUGGCAUUUAAAUAAAUAAGGAAGAAUUUAUUUUUCCUUUUCAGGUCAUGAGGCUAGUUAAUGAUUAGUGAAAUCCACGUGGGUGUUUUCUGAGAGGCUGGGUUAUAUGAUCUCUUUGGCUUUAGGGAAUUACUCCAUACUAGCUCUGAGAUUUCCAGCUCAGCAAUGCCCCCAGGUCCCUGGAAGAGCUGCUUCUGGGUGGGGGGCCUCCUUUUGUGGCUCAGCGUUGGAAGUUCAGGGGAUGCACCUCCUACCCCACAGCCAAAUUGCGCUGACUUCCAGAGCGCCAACCUUUUUGAAGGCACCGAUCUCAAAGUCCAGUUUCUCCUCUUUGUCCCUUCGAAUCCUAGCUGUGGGCAGCUAGUAGAAGGAAGCAGUGACCUCCAAAACUCUGGGUUCAAUGCCACUCUGGGAACCAAACUAAUUAUCCAUGGAUUCAGGGUUUUAGGAACAAAGCCUUCCUGGAUUGAUAAAUUCAUUAGAACCCUUCUGCUUGCAACGAAUGCUAAUGUGAUUGCCGUGGACUGGAUUUAUGGGUCUACAGGAGUCUACUUCUCAGCUGUGAAAAAUGUGAUUAAGUUGAGCCUUGAGAUCUCCCUUUUCCUCAAUAAACUCCUGGUGCUGGGUGUGUCGGAAUCCUCAAUCCACAUCAUUGGUGUUAGCCUGGGGGCCCACGUUGGGGGCAUGGUGGGACAGCUCUUCGGAGGCCAGCUGGGACAGAUCACAGGCCUGGACCCCGCUGGACCUGAGUACACCAGGGCUAGUGUGGAAGAGCGCUUGGAUGCCGGAGAUGCCCUCUUCGUGGAAGCCAUCCACACAGACACCGACAAUAGGAAACCAAAGCCCACAGGCCUCUUCCUAGCUAUGUUAGAUUUGGGUAUUCGGAUUCCCGUUGGACAUGUGGACUACUUCGUCAAUGGAGGCCAAGACCAACCUGGCUGCCCCACCUUCUUUUACGCAGGUUAUAGUUAUCUGAUCUGUGAUCACAUGAGGGCUGUGCACCUCUACAUCAGCGCCCUGGAGAAUUCCUGUCCACUGAUGGCCUUUCCCUGUGCCAGCUACAAGGCCUUCCUUGCUGGACGCUGUCUGGAUUGCUUUAACCCUUUUCUGCUUUCCUGCCCAAGGAUAGGACUUGUGGAACAAGGUGGUGUCAAGAUAGAGCCGCUCCCCAAGGAAGUGAAAGUCUACCUCCUGACUACUUCCAGUGCUCCGUACUGCAAGGGACAGCAGGUCCCAGGGGUAUCACCGUGGCCCAGGCUGUACACCCAGUCUAUGUUGGCAACACUCACUUUGAGAGCUCCAGCGUCCAUGCUGCUCAAGGGAGAGUCUGGAUGCCACACAGUGCAUCACAGCCUCGUGGAGUUUCACUUGAAGGAACUGAGAAACAAGGACACCAACAUCGAGGUUACUUUCCUUAGCAGUAACGUCACCUCUUCAUCUAAGAUCACCAUACCUAAGCAGCAACGCUAUGGGAAAGGAAUCAUAGCCCAUGCCACCCCACAGUGCCAGAUAAACCAAGUGAAAUUCAAGUUUCAGUCUUCUAACCGAGUUUGGAAAAAAGACCGGACUACCAUUAUUGGGAAGUUCUGCACUGCCCUUUUGCCUGUCAAUGACAGAGAAAAGAUGGUCUGCCUACCUGAACCAGUGAACUUACAAGCAAGUGUGACUGUUUCCCGUGACCUGAAUUUAGCCUGCGUAUAGUUUAACCUGGGCAGGACACAUCUCCCUGCAUUUUGUUUUGGUUUUUUUUUGAGAGAGGUGUGAUGAGGGAUGUGUGUGUGCAGCUUAUUGUAGACCAUUACUACUAAGGAGAAAGGCAAAGUUCUUUCUUAUUUUCCCCAUAAUCAGCUACCCUGGAGGGGAGGGAGAACUCAUUUUACAGAACUUGGUUUCCACUGUCGAUCUUAUGUACAUACCCAUUUUAGCUUUCCCAUGCAUACUUAACUGCACUUGCUUUAUCUCCUUGGACAUCUGUACUUAGGAUUCAAUAGAAACAUGUACAGGGUAAACAAUUUUUUUUAAAUAAAACUUCAUGGAGUAUCUGAA